CGCCUGUCUCUGUUGUGCAGAGAUGCCUGGAAGCCAGUACCAGGUCCAGGCACGCAUGCGGCUCAGCCACAGCCUGUACAGCCUGACGGAGAGCUCGGACGGCGGCCAUGAGGACGAGGGCGCCGAGGGCUCGCUGCGCCUCACCCCGCUGCAGAAACUCACCGUGGCCAUGUGCAAAGACGAGAAGACCAUCAAGGAGCUGAUCAUCGGCCGCAGGGUGGGCUUCUACAAGGUCAGGGGGGAGAUCGGCUACGGGACCUUCUCCAGGGUCAAGCUGGCCUUCCACGCCCUGACCAAAGAUAAAGUUGCUCUGAAGGUCCUGGACCGCACGAGGCUGGACGCCCAGGCCCAGCGGCUGCUCUCCAGGGAGAUCAGCAGCAUGGAGGUCCUGCAGCACCCCAACGUGAUCCGGCUGUACGAGGUGCUGGAGACGCCGAGCCGCCUCUUCCUGGUGCUGGAGUACGCCGGCGGAGGCGACCUCCACCACCGCAUCUGCACCGAGGGAAAGCUGUGCGACAACGCCAGCAAGAUCACCUUCGCCCAGAUCCUCUCGGCCGUCAAAUACAUGCACAACAAGAACAUCAUCCACCGCGACCUGAAAGCGGAGAACGUCCUGUUCACCAGCGGCGGCUGCGUGAAGGUCGCCGACUUCGGCUUCAGCACCCGGGUGUCGAGUCGCAGCAUCGCCCUGGACACCUUCUGCGGCUCGCCGCCUUACGCCGCGCCGGAGCUCUUCAGGGACGACUGCUACCUGGGACCCCCCGUGGACGUGUGGGCCAUGGGGGUGCUGCUCUUCUUCAUGGUGACCGGCACCAUGCCGUUCCGGGCGGACACCAUGGGCAAGCUGCGGCGCUGCAUCAUCGACGCCACCUACACCGUCCCCCCGUGGGUGCCCGGCCCCUGCCAGAGGCUCAUCAGGGGGAUCCUGAAGCCCGUCCCCGCCGAGCGCUACGCCGUGGACCAAAUGCUGGGCUGCGACUGGCUCCUGCCCGUGGAGUUCCCGUGGACGCUGGUGCCCCUGGAGCCGCUGAGCCCCCUGCAGAGCCUGCUGGAGUCGGAGCACGAGAACCUGGAGGAGGAGAAGGUGGAGGAGGAGGUGAGGAGCUCCCUGGAGGAGCUGGGCUUCACCGUGGAGCACCUGCAGAACAACCCGCUGACGGAGAGCCGCAGCCCCGUCACGGGAGUCUACCGCAUCCUGCUGCACCGAGCCCAGAAGAGGUGGGGGUGCGAAUCCCCGCCGGUGGUGCGGGGGAUGGUGAGGGACCCCAAGAGGGAGGGGCUGCGGGCGUACAGGGGCCUCCGGCACACCUCCAAGUUCUGCGUGCUCUCGUAAACAAACCUGACUGCGUGCGCUUUGUGUAGAUUCACGUUUUUUACUAACCGAGUCGGAACUUUUCUGCUUUUUUUUUUUCUUCCUUCUGCCGUUUAUUGUGAAAGUGCCUGAAAAACAAGAAAUAAAAGGAAAGUAAAAAACCAA